UCGAUUUUGGAUAGUUUGGUUUCUCAGUGUAGACAGUACGGCGCGGCGCCCAGAAGAAGAAGAAGUAGCCGUAUUUAUUCCAUCAACACAAAGUUUUGUCAUUAUGAGUUCCAACUUUAAACCAAAGCCACAAUGUUUCAUUCCUGGUUGUGCGGUGACCAACGAAUGGAACAAGCGCUUGUUCUUCAAGAUGUCUUUCGGUGAUUUACCACAUUGGUGGAAAACCACGGCUUGGGCGGCCAAAUACAAUACCGAAGUGCCGGAAAAUGCACUCAUUUGUGAGCGGCACUUCGAGGAACGGUUUAUCGACCGAACACGCAAGAAGCCCCGACUGAUGGCGGGAACCAUUCCCACCAUGAACCUAUGCUCGAUUGAGAUGACGGACGACAACGACUUGAACAAUUUGGAGUACUUUUGUCGAUUGUGUGCCAAAAGGGGAUUCGAGAAAAUGCGAUAUCGCUUAGAGGAAUUAAGCGAGAUGACCGAUGUGGUUCAGUGCUGUUUGGGUCGCUACCAAACCGUAACAGGCUUACCUGACGGAGUGUGCGAAACAUGCAUUGGUAUGAUGAAGAAAUUUUCCAAUUUUGUUCAGCAAUGUGAAGAUUCCCAGCUGCAGAUAAUUCAGCUUCAAACCAAACUAAAAAAAGAAUUGGAAGGUGAUCGUGAAACAACAACCGGAGAUCAUUUGAACGUAAACGCUAACAAGGAAAACACGGACACGAAGGAACAGAUGGAAAGCAGCACACGAAAAAGAAAGAAAGAAUUUUUCCCGAGGAAAACCAUGUCGGAUUGUGGUACACAAACUCAUGCCCGGUAUUAUCACCAUCGGCGAAAUCACAACGAACAGCUUCAGGGAUUUGGUUGCCAGAUUUGCGAGAAGAUUUUUACUAGGCGAGACGGAUUGCGCAGGCACCUGGAUCGUAUGUGA